UCGAUAGCGAUUAUCGGAGGUCUGAGCAACGGGGAACGUUGCUUCUUAGAUUUUCCGAGGACCGUUGAUAGACGGAUAAGAAUGCUGCCACCUUCUGUUAUCGUUGCAUAACAAACCCGGUAGGCGAUGCAGUCUUCUAAACGUGCGAAUUGCGCGAUGACGCCGGCCACCUACGGUCUACGGUUUCUCCUAGUCGUCUUUAUGAUCGCGGCUGCGGCGACUUUUUUGCAUGUUAACAAUUACAGGCCCAAGCAAAUAUUCCUCUCUUGCGACAGACCAUGUCAUCAUCUGGACUGGCCCAUGAUUUGUCGAGUGAAGCUCACCCUCGAAGUCUUUCAGUCUCUCAGCAAAUCGUGCGGCGACUGUCUACGAAACGAGACGGCGUGUCUGUCUAAUCAUUGUGUGUCGGCGGAUGGCCAGAGACGCGGCAUCCUGACGGCCAAUCGUCAAUUACCUGGCCCCAUCAUUCAGGUUUGUGAAAACGACAUCUUGGUAGUGGAUGUGAUUAAUCGACUUCCGGGCAAAGCAGCCGCGGUGCACUGGCGCGGUCAAACGCAGAUCGAGACACCCUAUAUGGACGGUGCACCUCUGGUCACCCAGUGCCCGAUACCGAGUUACACCACUUUUCAAUACAAAUUCCGUGCCUCGGCUGCUGGAACUCACCUUUGGCAUGCUCACGCUGGGGCUGACGUCACCAAUGGGAUUUUCGGCGCGUUGGUCGUGAAACAAGCAGACAUAAAGGACGCUCAUCGUGCCUUGUACAAUAUCGACGACGUGAAUCACGUCGUCCUGGUGACCCAAUGGCAGCAUACACCCGAGAUCUCGUUCAGCCAAGGACACUCGAAACCAGCGAUUCUGCUGAUCAACGGGAGAGGACGUCAACCGAAUGGUCCAAAUGUCCCAUAUACGACGUUCACCGUCGUUCCAGGUCGUCGUCACAGGUUCCGCGUUGCAAACGCUGGCGGUGCUGGAUCCUGUCCAAUAACUAUUUCCAUCGAUGCUCACCCCCUUCUGCUGAUUGCCCUGGACGGUCACCCCGUAGACCCGCGUCAGGUCACGUCGAUCACCUUGGCUAGAGGCGAAAGAGCGGACUUCGUUCUGAAAGCGAACAAACCAGUCGCCUCGUAUUGGAUGAACGUGCACACGUCGAAGGAGUGUGGGACGAGUCCCAUAAACGGCGCCGCGAUCCUGAAAUACACGGGAACCGUCAUGAAAGACCCGUUGUCAGCGUCGGAUGCCAUCGAUCAAGCGGAAACGGAGGAGACGACGACGAACCGUCUCGCUAUGACGACCAAUCCAGCGGAAAAAUGUGGCAAUCCGGACACCUUGUGCGUUACGGAGCUGAAGUCGUUACGAAAGAUGCCUAAUUCCCUUUCGGAGCCGAAAACGGACGUCACGAUACGCCUGCCAAUAAACUACAAGCUUCAAACUAAUGACGUCGUAGGUAACGGUGGCAUAGAAACGAGAAUCUUGAACGUCAACAACGCCUCGUUCACGUACCCAUCGUCGCCCCUGUUGUCUCAGGGUGCUGACGUUUCUGAAGAAAGUCUGUGUUCCUCCACUUCCUCCGACGAUCUCCAUAACGACAACAACGAAACUACGUCGGUGUCGUCGCGACGCUGCCGUCACGGCGCUGCGACCGCGUCCGACACAUGCGAAUGCGUUCAUGUGAGGUAUAUACCGCUCGGAGCAACCGUGGAGAUCAUUCUUCUGGACCAAGGUGGCCUCGACGAUCUGGUCUACCAUUUGCACGGGUACAGUUUCUACGUGGUGGGGGCGAGGAAAUUUGGGCGUAGCGUGUCUCUUCAAGAACUGAGAAGCUUGGAUGAUAAAGGACAACUGUUCGCGAGGAAUCUCGACUGUACGGUAGUCAAGGAUACCGUCGUCGUGCCGAAAUUUGGCGCUGUUGCUAUCAGAUUUAAGGCUGACAAUCCAGGUUAUUGGAUGCUACGAGACGAGCACGCUACCGAUUGGACUCGCGGUUUGGACGUGAUUCUUCAGGUUGGAGAGACUGACGACAUGGCUACAGCUCCCGAGGACUUCCCUAAGUGCGGAUCCUUCGUUGGACCGGACUACUUCCUUAUAUAAACUGUAAAUUACUUAAGGUUCAAGUGUAUAUAAUUGUAAAUAGAUUCGUAGAGACUAAAACUUUUAUAUAAA